AUGAGUGUGCCGCAGUGGCUAUCUGACCCUAUGUCACUCAAAUCUCAUGAGAUCCUUGCUUGCAUCAAGGACAUUGUACUUCACAAGACGGGCCACAGGACGGUCUCACUAACCUGGUCGUCGACAGUACAAGACUCCUGUGCACACUUCUUCUCACCGUCAAACAUUCGACGAUAUCUUUGGCUGUACUGGACUUUGUGGCAUCCUAAUGUCAAUAUCAUGCAUAAGCCGACCUUUGAUCCUUUCUCAUCUAAGGCAUACCUCCUUGCCGCGAUGUGUUUGAUAGGAGCUUGCAUGUCACCAGACUCUGCAGAUUCAAGCCAGGCCAGGCUUUGGUUUAACUGCGUGGAAGAACUCGUUUUCAACAGCGAUGAUUUCUGUGACGAUGCACAGCCCCCAACUUGCCGCGAUACAGGUGAGGUCAAAUGGCGACAUGAGAAGCUAAGGGCACUUCAAGCCGCAUACAUGGUGCUGCUUUACCAGACCUGGGAAGGAACUGACUCGAGUAAACGUCGAGUUCGCAGGAUGCGCUUCAGCAUGGUGAUCGCAGCGAUCCGAGACGUUGGAAUACCCAACGCCAGGCAUCCGAAUUAUGCUGGCUUAAGCCUGGAAGAAUUCUCUUUCAGCCAGUUCGCGGCAAUGGAAGAGCUAAUUCGUGUUAUUCUAUGGGUAUUUCUGAUUGAUACGGCGUUUGUCAUUUUCAACAACCUCCCGCCCCGAAUGGUGAUAAAAGAGUUGAAAAUGAGCCCCGCUUGGCCUGAGGUAUGUUUCCAGGCGACGACACCAGAGGAAUGUCUGAAAGCUUUGCAAGUCGAGAGUACAAACCACCUGUUCCGUCGUGGCCAAACACCACAAUUCGGUACAGCUUUCGAGCUGCUUUACCAGAAUCCAAUAGACGAGACAACGACGACACUGCUUGCUGACCUCGGGCCUCUCAAUCUUUUUGCGAUGACAUCUACACUCCAUGCCCUAGUAUUCCAUCACCAAAGCACAUUCAGCUGCCAUGGAUCUCUAGACAGUAUCAAAACGGUCCUGGACAGCUGGAGCAGCGUGUGGCAGACGUACAUCCAGAAGUUCUCGGUUGAUCAACGCCACUCGCCCAUACCACUGGGGUCACAGGACCUUGAACCUGAGGAAAUGUGGAAGCGGGUCGGUUUCAUGCGCCAUGCCGAGGAAUACUGGCUGCUUGCGAAGCUCAUGGUUGACAAUCUUUCAUGCAGUGAGGAAUCCCCGGUUACCGAAAAGCACAUUGUUUCGGACCAUGGCAGAGUCUCUUUCGAUGCUACGGAAUGCCGAUCAGUCGAUCCAUUACUGAAUGAAUACGACGAAACGAGCAUGGAGCAGAUUAAUGCCUUGAUUUCCGACUUUCGAAAAAUCGGCCUUUGA